ACAAAUGUUGCGGAGUGCUUGAAACCGCUCUUUUAUUUGAGCAAAUUUCAGCCUACUUAAAGUUCUUCUACUCAAGAAACAAUUUAAUCCCGGUCGUAAUUAGCGUAAUUAAUCGUGACGCAUGCGGUCCAUCAAAUUUGACUAGAUGCGAUAUGUUCGUGUCUCCGACCAAAACAAUAACAUAGGAGUUUGUUCAGCACUGGCAGAAUCCACCCCGUAUUUAUCCCUCCCGCAAAGAAAACACAAUUUCUCAAGAAAAAUGAGCCUAGUCGCCUUGCAACCCCCGACACAACAGCUCCCCUCCCAAGCCCCUCUAACCCCAUUAACACCCAAAACCACUUAUGUUUGCAAACUCCGCUAAACAAACAAUUGAUUAUGAAACCGACCCAUCAUGCAAAAAUUAACCAAUCCAUCAAACAAAAAACCGAGGGCAGUGGAAAAAUGUGCGACCCAGUGGACUUCGACAAGGCCAUCCUUCUAACAGGUUACGGUAAAUUCCACUACGAAGCUUUCACGGCUUGUGCAAUUUGCAUAAUCUGCGUCGGCUUCCAAAAUGGGUUAGCCGCUUAUAUUUUCCCAGCGGCCCAGUGCGAGCUACGACUCACGUCCUUCGAGCUGAGUUUGCUGAACGUGGGUUUUCUGGUCGGGGGAGUGCUGAGCAGCUUCCUGUGGGGGGUGUUGGCGGACGCUAAGGGGAGACGGAGCGUCCUGGUGUUCACCCAUCUGGCCAACGCUUCCGUGACGGUGCUGGGUGCGACCAAUGGGUCGAUGGUCGGAGUGAUUCUGUGCAGGUUUUUUAACGGGUUUUUGAUAGGGGGGCCCGGGAGCAUCGUGUUUUCGUACCUCGGAGAAUUCCAGCCUGCGAAGUGUCGUUCUUCGGUGAUUUGCUACUCAGGGGUGUUUUUCACGGGGGCGUGGCUUCUGCUACCCCUUCUAGCGUGGAUCGUUCUACCCAUGGAACUGUCAUUCAGUAUGGGCAGUUUUUUCAUAGUCACACCAUGGAGACUAUUUAUGCUCAUCUUGGUAGUACCAGAAGUCUUAGUCGGGUUUUGGUUCCUGCGGCUACCCGAAAGCCCGAAAUUUUUCCUAGCUAGAGGCGACUCAACGAAAGCGCUUUUAGUUUUGAGGAAAAUCUUUGCCACAAAUACAGGCCAACAACCAGAGGAUUUCCCAGUCAAGACUUUAUUAAAACAACGCAACGAAAAUCCACUUAGUCGACAAUGUAAAGGAAAAGUGCAAGAAAUGUACAACCAGUUCAAGAGUUUGUUCAAGCCACCCUUGCUCAUUUUCACCCUCCUGUCUACCAGUAUCAUGUUCGCCAACAUGUUUGGAGUGUUUGGACUGGGCUGGUGGCUCCCCGAGCUCUUCGUCCGCUUCGAGCGCUUCCACCACCUCCACCCCAACAGGACCGUCACGGUGAAGGAGUUGGCCCUGUUGAACGACACCAAAACCUGCAAACCCUCGUUCGAGCCCGCCGUCAUCGAGAGCACCGUCAUCAUGGGGGUGACCUCCCUGGUGGCCAACGCCGCCUCGGGGUGGCUGGCGGCGCGAAUCCCCCUCAAGGUCAUCCCGUGCGCCACCAUGUCGGUGGGGGGGUUGAGCGCCAUGGUGAUUUUUUGGUUGAGUUCGGCUUGGCAGAAUCUGGUGGUGGCUUCGGUUUUUCAAGCUGCUAUGGUGACGGCAAAUAUGACCAUAGGAGGGGUUGUGGUGGAGUUGUUUCCGACCGGAGUGGGGGCUAUGGCCAUUUGCUUGACCAUGUGUGCUGGGAGGGUGGGGGCUAUGGCUAGUAAUCUGGUUUUUGGGCUGUGGAUGGAUCGGAGGUGCGAAAUUCCCAUUUUUGUGGUCGCUGGGAGUGUGUUAAUAGGGGCUGGACUGUGUUUUUUUAUCCCAAGAGGGAGUGGGGGGGAACGAGAGAAGAGGAAAGUGGUGGAAGUGGCAGUGGUCACACACUUUGACACCAAAUUGUAAUUCUAGA